AUGAAGGCUAAAGCAUUUCGAAUCGACUCUUCAAUAUGGGAGCAAUACAAAGACGAGAUUGUUGCUAUUUAUCAGAGAGAAACAUUGGAGAAAACGAUGGAAAUCAUGGCAGAAAGACACGGCUUCAAAGCCACAAAAAACCAGUACACCACCAAGAUCAAAGCCUGGGGGUUAGAAAAGUAUGCAAACAGUACUAUGUGGAAGUACGUGGACCAGGAAAAGAAGAAAAGAAAACUAGAGGGCAAAGAUUCCCUUUUCGAAAUUCGUGGAAGAAAGAGAUCAAGAUCGUAUAUUGACAGAGAAAUUUCCCGAAACGUGACCUAUACCAGUCAAGUGCAGCUUUUAGAAGACAUCCCUACCCCUGAGGGUAUCCAAGUAUUCACUCCAUGCGCUGAAGAAUCGCCUAUCGCACUUCGAAAAGUGUGCAUUGACAACCUUCCAUGGUUCCAAUUCCAAAGGGAUAUCGAAAUGAUGACACAAGUUCUGGGCAUUGAAAUAUUCGGGCUAUCUCCCUACUACAAUAUACUGGAUCAAUCCAGCAGUCAACUCGACAUUCUACAUUGCAGGAAAUCAGCAGCCGAAUUUCUGGAGAUUGCGUUUGGAGAUGCGGUAAAGUCGAUAUACCCAACCGGGGGUAUGUUUGGCCUAAACUCAGGACCAAGUGAUUACCCAUUUACUCCGAGUUUCCGAAAAGGACUUUCUGGGAAAUUCGCACGUUUGGCUUCAUACAUUCCAUUCAGUGAUGCGGGCGAUCUUUCGCUAUCCACAUCUAAUCCUUCUAGGACGACGCAUCCAUCAAAUAAGCUACAGGAUUUCCUAGAAUACUUUGUCUUUAUGACAAGUAACGAUAUGCUAGACCAUGAUGGCAUUAAGGAAAAGCUUGAAUGCCUAUCGCAAAUUUUGGACUUGUCCAUUUUUCCGUACCUGCUUGGCUUAAACUCGGUUCCAAUGAAAAUAUUUACAAGAAAGAUUUUCCCUGCAGUUGUGAAGUCUGGAAAUACUAGACUAGCCAAAAUUAUCAUUGACCAUGGGAUUGAUAUGACCAAUUACCGGCAAUUUUUUCGAAGUUUUUGUUGUGUAAUCGAGCACUGCAUGUCGAUUGCGGUCGGUCAUGACGAUAAGGAAAUGGUGGAGCUGCUCUGUAAAGAGGGAUUUUCUACACAAAUUGAAAUUUAUCAGUCCAAAAAGUUGCCUUGGAAUCUAGGAAACCUGGAGGUUUUAAGAACACUGCUGCUAUUUGGGGCGGAUCCAGAAUGUUUCGUUGUAGGCAGACCACGCGGCUUCCCCUUAGUCGACGCUACAGGCUCGGGAAACUUGAAAGCUGUUGAGAUGCUUUUGGCGGCAGGAGCUAAUGUUAACUCGUAUGCUCCAUGCUACUACGGGACUGCUCUUCAGGCAGCAACCUAUACCGAUAACUUGGAAUUAGCCGAGUUUCUCAUUGAGCGAGAUGCAGAUGUGAAUCUCCCAUACGGAAUGCAAUUGCAAUCCGUAUACGCAGAAAAGGGAAGGCCACGAUAUACACCGUUUGAGAUCGCAGCAGAGCAAAACAACACUUCUCUGAUUCAUUUGUUGGUAAGUCGCGGGGCUCAUGUGGAUGUAGGGUUUGUGAUAAGCCCCAUACCUGGCACCCGCGCCCUUCACAGCGCUGUAAGGAAUCGGAACAUAACUCUUGUUCGCCUUCUACUUUCAAAAGGAGUUAGUGUCGAUUACAGAAGACCAGAUCCGGAUUUUAGUGACACACCACUUCAAUUGGCAGCUCGUCUCAAUCAUCCUGAAAUCACGGAACUUCUGCUACAGCAUGGGGCGGACGUGAAUGCCGCACCCGCUACCUCAUAUGGUCUCACAGCAAUUCAAGCGGCAGCGGGAAAUAACAGCUUUAAAAUUUUAUGGAUGCUUUUGGACAAAAACGCAGACCUAAAUGCUCCGGCAGGGCACAAGGGUGGCCGGACAGCCCUGCAAGCCGCUAUAAUGAAUAGACAUUUAUUGAUGGCAGGUUAUUUGUAUGCUGCUGGUGCCGAUAUCAACGCCCCUCCAGCGGCGGAAGAGGACGGCUUUACAACCAUGGAAGCCGCGAUAUUUUCCGAAAAUAGGUCAAUCCUUGAGUUUCUCGUGAGAAAUGGCGCCGAUAUUAACGCGUCGUCACCUGGCAAUGGCUCAUCCCGUUGCUUAGCGAUAGCUGCAUCCAAUUACUGGCUAGACGGGUUGAGCUAUCUGCUCGACAUUGGUUCUAAUAUUGAGGGAUACUACUAUGCUGAUAGAUUUUGUCAGGGAUUUAAUGCGUUAGGGUGGUCCAUAUUUCAUGAAAACAUACCAAUGAUGGCUUUAUUGUUAGAUAACGGUGCGAAUAUCUAUACUCCCGUGUCUGACACUCUCCAUCCGGAACGAAGGUGCGCACUCUCGGUAGGAUUGAUCUCUGAGAGGAGCCAUGAGAUCACAUCCUUGCUUCUGAAAAGAUACGAAGAUCUAGAGAGGAUAUGCCUGAAAGAAGAUAUCCUAGCGCGUGCUAUCCAUGAAGAUGUCGAGGACUCUCAAACCUUUGGAAUUCUUCUGAACGCUUUUAAUAAGCUGCCAAAGAAUAUAUAUGAUGACCAAGUGCAGAAAGCAUGGCACAAGCUGCCUACGCUAUAUACGGAAGGAGAAAUAGUUCGAGAGCUUAUGGAGCUAUUGCUGAAGGUUGGAGCUGACAUCAAUUCUCGAGAUGACGGUAAUACAACCGCGCUACAAAGAGCAUCAAAACGAGGCGAUAUUGAUAUUUGCCAGUAUCUAAUUGAUCAGGGUGCUGAAAUAAAUAUUCCAGCCGCCGAAAGAAUAGGGUCCCCACUUCAAGAGGCGGUCAAAGGAGAGCAUAUGGAAAUUAUUUCUCUUUUGUUAGAACGUGGUGCAGAUAUUAAUGCAGCCCCAGCAGAGAUCCGCGGCAUAACAACGCUUCAAGCAGCCUCAAUAAAUGGCCUUACAGGCCUGGUUGUCGAACUUAUUCGACGCGGCGCAUACGUAGCUGCACCCGCAGCACGUGAGGAUGGUAGGACUGCAAUUAAUGGUGCUGCAGAGCAUGGUAGACACGAUAUGCUACAAUUACUUUUGAAUCAUUACGAUGGGGAUGAGGAUCUCAGAGUUGUUUGUGAAGUGGCAGCAAUAUACGCAGAGAAAGAAGGUCAUGUUGAAAUCGCCGAAUGGCUAAGACAACACCCUAUCAGUUGAGUUUUGUUCAUUUGUUCAAUAUUGUCGUCAGCCGAAAAGAACGUCAUGUCGAAUAGUCUCAGAAAUGUUCAAAGUUUCCAUC